AUGCUCGGGGGAGCAGGGGGAGGCGCGUGUGCUGUGACGCGAGCAGGAGGGAGAGGACGCGCUGCUGGUGCAUGUGCAGGUGCAGGUGCAGGUGCAGCGAAUCUGGACAUUGGGGGUCUGAGAUGGCUGAAAACGAGUGCGGGACGCGUACGCGCUGUGGGCGCGAAGGCAAAAGUUGGGGCAGGGGCGGGGGCAGGUGCAGUGCAUGUGGACAUUGGGGCGAGGGCCCGCGCGCGGCAGACGCAGCGAAUGUGGACGCUUGUGAUUGGCGGAGGCGCGGUGGCUGGGCUGGCCAUAUUCGCGAUGAACUCGCUCUGGAAAAGUUCGCAGAGAACUCGCCAUCAACUUCAUCCCUCACUCAUUCUCAUUUUCCUCAUCCCUCGCCCCUGCUCACCGCCCUUGCAGGCUCUGGAGAAGUUUGCAGAGAACUCGUCUGCCAACCGGUUCAGGCUGGGCGGGCUUGUGAAGGAGGGCAGUGUGCGCAUUCCUGCUGGAAGCAUUGAGAUGGAGUUUGUUGUCACUGACCUUGCAACCGAUAUCCUGAUCCCGGUCUGCUACAGGGGUGCUUUGACUGAUUUAUUCAGGAAGGGCCAUUCCGUGGUGGCAGAGGGGUUUCUGCGGUCGCUCAGCCAUGCCGACACCGCUGCCUUCUUGGAUGCGCCACCUCAUGGGUGCCCUGCCAGAUCUGUUCAGGGAGGGCCAAUCUGUGGUGGUGGCGGCGGGGUUUCUGCGGCCGCUCAGCCAAGCCACCACCCCUGCUUUCUUGGAUGCGCCACCAGCCCUUUUUUCUUCCUUCCCCCCUUCCUGACUCCAGAUUUUGGUCCAAUUCAGGGGUGCCCUGCCAGAUCUGUUCAGGGAGGGCCACUCUGUGGUGGUGGCGGCGGGGUUUCUGCGGCCGCUCAGCCAAGCCACCACCCCUGCUUUCUUGGAUGCGCCACCAGCCCUUUUUUCUUCCUUCCCCCCUUCCUGACUCCAGACUUUGGUCCGGUUCAGGGGUGCCCUGCCAGAUCUGUUCAGGGAGGGCCAUUCAGUGGUGGCGGAGGGCUUUCUGCGGCCUCUCAGCCAAGCCACCACCGCUGCUUCCUGCACUGUCACACCUCUUCCCAUCUUCCUUUCUCCCCCCAACCCACCCCUCCCCCGUUACACCAGAUUUUGGUCCGGUUCAGGGGUGCUCUGCCUGAUCUGUUCAGGGAGGGCCAUUCCGUGGUGGCGGAGGGCUUCCUGCGCCCCCUGAGCGAAGCCAACACCUCUGCCUUCACUGGCAGCAGCAUCGCCACUGCCAGCAGCAGCAGUGGAUUUUCUGGGAGAGGGGCGACUGUACUAGGGGUUGCAGAGGCGGAGGGUGCUGUAGUGGAGAGGGGGAUUGGGGAGGGGGGAGCGAGAGGGGAGGGUGGGGGUGUGGGGGAGAAGGGGGUGGGGGAGUGGGAGGAGGGGGAGGAUGUGAGUGCGAGUGCGCGGAGUGUGGGGUACUUCUUUGCUGCGACUGAAGUGCUGGCAAAGCAUGAUGAGAAACACAUGCCCAAGGAGGUAGCAGCAGCUCUGGAGAAGAACCUGUGGGAUAAAUACAUGCCCAAGGAGGUAGCAGCAGCUCUGGAGAAGAACCGAGCAGCAAUAGAGGCAGCAGGGGAAGGGGACGACACGAGUGAUGCUUUGAGACCAGCUCUGGAGAAGAACAGAGCAGCAAUUGAGGCAGCAGGGGAAGGUGACGACACGAGUGAUGGGGAGGGGGAAGGGAAGGACGACGGGGAAAGAAGUGUGGGGGAGGCACAAAAAGGAAAGAAGUCAUCGGUUGGAAGUGGUGGUGGUGCUGCUGGUAGUGCUGCGCUUGGGAUGGGGGAUGGUGCGAAGAAGCCUGGGAAGCUGAGCAAGCUUGGACAAUCACCUAGUGUUGCUCAGGGAUACGACAUUCCUUCCUAA